AUGAAGCUAGCCUUGGUAGUUCUGGUCUUUUCCACCCUAUCCUUUGCCAUAACCCCAACUCUUGCAAUUUCCAUGUCGAAACCCGGGUGUCCAGAAACGUGUGGAAAUGUCACCAUUCCCUAUCCGUUUGGAAUUGGUUCCGAAUGCAGUGCAAACCCCUCAUUCGCAGUUAUAUGCAAAUAUUCAGCAGGAAACUCCACAAGAAUGGUGCCAUUCUUGAACAGCAUAAACCUGGAAAUAGUAAAUGUUUCUAUCUACGGUGUGGUCAUAGUGAAUCUGCCCGUGUUUCCAAUAAAUUGCUCUGAAGGGCGAAGAGAAUCUCUACCUGUAUCACUCACAGGAAGUCCAUUCACAGUCUCAGCACACUACAACACGUUAGUCGUACUAGGCUGCAAGACUGCUGUGUGGCUUCAUGAUAAUGGAAGGGAAGUUGGAGGAUGCUUGCCUAUGUGUGAUGAUGCUAAUUCCACAGACGUGAUCAAUGGCGUAAAUUGCUGCCAGAAAUCAAUACCAAGACGAGUCCAAGAGUUUGAGUUUACUUACCAAAGUAUUCAAACCAGCAACAGCAGUUUCUGUGGGUAUGUAUUUCCUGUUGACAAGAAAUGGUUGCAAAAUGAGGAUUACAAAAGGUAUAGCGGCCUUGUGGAUGACCUGUCGAAUCCAUCCGAUCACGAGUUUGGAUUGGUGCCAUUGGUACUUGAGUGGGAAUAUGACUUGGAUUAUUCUGAAUGUGGGUCAUUGUUUGAUUAUUAUCAAUAUCAGAAGCGAUAUUUAUCUUAUUAUAACAAAUAUGAGUACGUAUCUUCAACAGCAUACUGCGCAUGUGGCGAAGGAUUCGAAGGAAAUCCAUAUCUAAUUGAUGGAUGUGAAUAUUCAGAUGGGCUUUAUAACAACAAUGGAUCUCAAGAUAGCAUUAUAACGCCAUCCAUUGUUCUUGGCUGUGUGGUUGGUGGGUUGAUUUUGGCCACUGCAGCUUGCAAGUUUGGCAAAGCUAUUACAGAGACAGUAAAGGCUAGCCGAAGAUACAUGUUUUAUAAGAGAAAUGGAGGCAUUUUGUUGGAGCAACAGUUGGCUGCUAUUGAGAAUGGUAUUGAAAAAACCAGAUUGUUUAGUUCUGUUGAGUUGGCCAAAGCUACCGAUGAUUACAAUGAGAAUCGGGUACUUGGCCGUGGUGGUGAAGGCGUUGUGUAUAAAGGGAUGUUGGAAGAUGGAAGAAUCGUGGCAGUGAAGAAGUCGGAGAGGGUGAACCAAGGUGAUGUGGUAAACUUUAUUAACGAGGUUGUGAUUGUAUCACAGAUCAAUCACAGGAAUGUGGUCAAGUUGUUGGGGUGUUGUCUCGAAAGUGAAGUUCCUCGUCUUGUGUACGAGUUCGUCCCUAACGGUACUCUUUUCUCUCACAUCCAUCAUCCACAUGAGGAUUUCCCCUUAUUAUGGGAAAUGAGGGUGAGAAUUGCCAAGCAAGUGGCCGGGGCGCUUGCCUACUUGCACUCUUUCGCGUCUGUCCCCAUUUUUCACCGCGAUAUCAAGUCAACCAACAUACUCUUGGAUGAGAAAUAUCAUGCGAAAAUAUCAGAUUUUGGGACAUCAAGAUCAAUUUCUCUCGAUCAAACUCAUGUUACCACACGAGUGGUAGGCACGUUCGGGUACUUGGAUCCGGAAUACUUCCAGUCGAGCCAUUUCACUGAAAAGAGCGACGUUUACAGCUUUGGAGUGGUGCUGGUUGAGCUCCUGACGGGGGAGAAAGCUGUAUCGGUUGUUAGAGUUGAGGAAGUAAGGGGUCUGGCCAUGCAUUUCCUGCAUUCAAUGGAGCAAGAUCAGUUAUUCGAUAUUGUUGAUGCGAGGGUGCUCAAAGAGGGUAAAAAGGAGGAAAUCGAGGCGAUGGCUGAAAUCGCUAAAAGAUGUCUGCAUUUGAAUGGGAAAGGCAGGCCAACGAUGAAGGAAGUUUCGCACCACUUGGAAGGAAUCAGAGUAGAGAUUCCUGAAAACCAGAUACAAAGCAAUAUCUGUGAUCCUAUUGAAGAUAUUGAUUCUGAUGGCUUCUCUUGCAUCUCAGAAAUUGUUGAAUCUUCGUCGUCGGAUGAGUCUUGUGGAAUAAUACUAUGA